AUGCGGCUCGUCCUAGACUUUGACGGCACCGUCACCCAAAAAGAUACCAUCGGCGAACUGGCACGGGCUGCCAUUGACCUCCAGCGCCAUCGCACCGGGCGACAUCUCCAAGCAGCUUGGGACGACGCCGUGCAAGCCUAUCUCCGGGACUGCGAGUCCUACAGGGCAAGUUUCGACCCGCCAGAGGCAUCCAGAAAGGACGCAGCGGCAGAGGCACGCUUUCUAGCCGGCCUGAAAGACGCCGAAGAAGCCUCCUUGUCCCGAGUCUCGCAGACGGGCAUCUUUGCCGGCCUCCAGAGAGACGACUUCUUCCAGAUGGGCGUCGACGCCGUCCUGUCAGGCCGUGUGGCCGAGACGGAAGGAUUCCAAGAGCUCAUGCGGUCCGCCGAGAGGAAGGGCCUGAAAGUCGACGUCGUGUCGGUCAACUGGUCCAGGGCGUUUAUCCAGGGCGUCCUCCACCCGCGGCGCCUUGACGUUGCUGCCAACGACGUUUCCGAAAACGGGGAUAUCAAGGGACCCCAGACGUCGGGCGGCACCAGGAUCACGACGUCGCGGGACAAGUUGGAUGCCCUGCGACGAGUAACGCAGGCCGACGGGCCGGUGUGGUAUUUCGGUGACUCUGUCACGGACCUGCAGUGUCUCCUGUACUCCCGUGGCGUCGUCAUCGCCGAGGACGCAACUUCGCCGCUGCUCAGAACACUGUCCCGCAUCGGCAUUGACGUUCCACACGUUGCGAAUCCGCGGAACCGGGAGAAUACCAAGCUUUUCUGGGCCCGCGACUUUCGACAAGUCCUUGCGAGCCGCGUCCUGGAACAAGGACAAUGA